CCAGCUGGGACGUAAACUGGACGCGUCUCCAAAGCCACAGAGUCCAACACUGAGCUCCGGUCUGGAUGUUACCGGAGCCCCGCUGGGUUUGGGUCACCGUUCCGUCCUGUUCUGCGCCGCCAUGACGGCCUGAAGCAGGUUCUGGGAGCAGUUGUCUCCGAAGAGGCUCUAAGAGGAGAGCAGAGGAGGCGAAAGCCCGCAGAGGGACCGAGCAGGGAGCGGGUCCGAAGGCUCUGGAUCGGUGCCGAGCGCUGGCUGCCGGCCGGCGGUAGGAUGAUCGGAGGAGACCCGCUGAGGCGGCCGGAGCGGAGCGGCUUGAGAUGGGGGGGCUGAUGGGAAACUAGACACGUCGACGCGUGUUUUCUUUCUUUGAGUGUAGAGCUAUAGACCUAGAAGCUGGAGGCGCUGUGACACCAUGUGGAGAGUAGCGGUGUGCUGGAUGCUGCUGCAGACGCUGCUGCGCUCCGCUGCAGGUCUGAACGUCUGUAUGAGCGGCAGCGCCACGUCCUGCGAGGAAUGCCUCCUGAUCAACCCCAGCUGCACCUGGUGCGCCCAAGAGGACUUUGGGAAGCGGCGUUCUCUGACGUCACGAUGCGAUUUCAAGCAAAAUCUGCAAAAGAGGGGCUGCGAGCCUCGCUUCAUCGAAUCUCCGAGGAGCGCGGCGUCCGUCCUGGAGAGCCGUCCCCUGAGCAGCAAGGGAUCUGGGGCGGCGCACGACGUGGUCAGUAUCACGCCUCAGAAGAUCUCCCUCAGCCUGCGGCCAGGAGACCCCGUCUCGUUCAACCUGCAGGUACGGCAGGUGGAGGACUACCCUGUGGACCUCUACUACCUGAUGGACCUCUCGCUGUCCAUGAAGGACGACCUGGACACCAUCCGUAUGCUCGGCACCAAGCUGGCCGAGGAAAUGGGGAAGCUGACCAGCAACUUCCGCCUGGGCUUCGGCUCCUUCGUGGAUAAAAACAUGUCCCCCUUCUCCUACACCGCUCCCAAGUACCAGGAGAAUCCCUGCAACGGAUACAAGCUCUUCCCAAACUGCGUCCCCACCUUCGGCUUUCGUAACAUCCUCUCUCUGACCGAUAAAGUGGACCGCUUCAACGAGGAGGUGCAGAAGCAGCUGGUGUCGCGGAACCGGGACGCUCCGGAGGGCGGGUUCGACGCCAUCCUGCAGGCGGCCGUUUGCAAGAAGGAAAUCGGCUGGAGGAAGGAGGCCUCGCACCUGCUGGUGUUCGCCACAGACGACGUGCCGCACCUCGCUCUGGACGGUCGGCUGGGAGGACUGGUCCAGCCACACGACGGCCGCUGUCACCUUGACGACCAGAACGAGUACAGCGCCUCCACAAAGAUGGAUUAUCCAUCCCUCGCUCUGCUUGGAGAGAAACUGGCAGAAAACAACAUCUUCCUAAUCUUCGCAGUGACCAGACGCUUCUACGUUAUUUAUAAGAACAUUACAGCUCUGAUACCUGGAACCAGAGUGGAGAACCUGGACCAGGACUCCAAGAAUGUCAUUCAUCUGAUUAUCCACGCCUACAACAACAUUCGCUCCAAUGUGGAACUGACGGUGUUGGACCAUCCUGAGGACAUCAGCCUGUCCUUCACUGCCACAUGCCAGGAGCAGAAACCGCAGCCAGGCUUCAGGAAGUGUUCAGGCCUGAAGAUAGGAGACACUGUGUCCUUCAACGUGAGCGUGGAGGCGAGGAGCUGCCCGCCCCGCGGCACCACCCAGACCUUCACCAUAAAGCCGGUGGGCUUCAAGGACCGCCUGGAGGUGUCUGUGGAUUAUCAGUGCGACUGCGGCUGCAGCCGGACGGCCCAGACCAACAGCAGCAUCUGCAGCUCCAUCGGAACCUACCACUGCGGCACCUGUCAGUGUGAGCCGGGGUACCUGGGGGCCCGCUGCGAGUGCCAGGAGGGCGAGGCCAGCAGCAUGUACCUCAGCGCCUGCCGGGAAGCCGAGGGCAAGCAGCUGUGCAGCGGGCGAGGCGAGUGCAGCUGCAACCAGUGCCUCUGCUAUGAGUCGGAGUUCGGGAAGAUCUACGGGAGCUUCUGCGAGUGCGACGACUUCUCCUGCGCGAGGCAUAAAGGCAUCCUCUGCUCAGGUCACGGAGAAUGCCACUGCGGGGAAUGCAAAUGCCACGCCAACUACAUUGGCGACAACUGUAACUGCUCCACAGAGACGUCCUCCUGCUUCUCGGAUGACGGGAAGAUGUGUAGCGGGCGUGGGCACUGCGUGUGCGGCCGGUGUCAGUGCACCGAGCCGGGAGCGUUUGGAGACACCUGCGAAAAAUGCCCCACCUGCCCCGAUGCCUGCGGGACCAAAAGGGAGUGUAUUGAGUGUCGGCUUUUCAACACGGGGCGGCUCGCAGACAACCAGACCUGCCAGCGCUUGUGCAAGGAUAAAAUCGUCACCAUGGAGAGCCUCGAGAUACGGGAGCCUGGAGCCGUCCUCUGCCUCUAUAAGACCGAAAACAACUGCGUGAUGAAGUUCACCUACCACGAGCAUGCCAGCGGACUCUCCGUCCUCACCGCGCUCCAAGAGCCCGAGUGCGGCAGCGCCCCCAGCGCCUUAACGGUGUUACUGGCUGUGGUCGGCACCAUCCUGCUGGUGGGGAUGGUUCUGCUGGCCGUCUGGAAACUGGUGAUCACCGUACACGACCGGAGGGAGUUCGCCCGCUUCCAGAGCGAACGCAUGCGCGCCCGAUACCACAUGGCCUCCAACCCUCUCUACAAGCAGCCCAUCUCCACGCAUUUUGCAGAACUGGAACGGUUGGAGAAGUCUUUCAACGGCGGGCUGCACUGAUCCCUCCGCACGGGGCACGGCAGGACCGGUCCAACGCACAGAAGCACGGCAGACGGAACGCAUCCCUCCCCGGGAUGCCUGCCAGCGAUGGCGGAAGUGAAAUGAAGUAUUUCUAGAGUUCCUGAGGAGAUCCGGACAGACGUGUCU